AUGCCCUUAAAUUCUGAAAAUAAUCAAGGCGGCUUCAAGCGCGCUGUGCGAAAUUCAGGCGUGGCUUUCCUACGAUGGGGUAAGGUGUCUGCUUUCCUUGUAAAUACCUGUAGGAAAAGGCGUAGGACUUCUACGAUAGGUCAGAAUGAAGCGAAACGAGAAAGAAAUAUGACUUUGAAUUUGUCUAAUGUACAAGAUGCUCCUUCACUCGAAUCAGGUGUUUCGAAUUUACGAUCCCCUAUUUCCUCCUCCUCUAAUGUUGUGGCAGCAAGCAGUUUGAAUGAAUCUGUUCCUGCAAGCGCUGGGUAUACACCUCUCCCUUGUUUUAUGGACAGUGUUGCUUCUGUUGCUCUUGCUGUUGAUCGUAAUGAUGUCCCUCUUGUUUGUGGUCCUGUUGGGUGUGGCAAAACGGCGAUAAUCGAUUACCUUGCAAGUUUGCGCUCGGUUUCGAUCUUUCGAAUGCAGAUUAGUGAGCAAACUGACACUAAGGCCCUCCUUGGGCUCUAUUGUUGUUCAAGCACCCCUGGUGUGUUUGUUUGGAGACCUGGACCCCUUGUUCAUUGCAUGACAUCGGGUAAAUGGUUAGUUUUGGAAGAUGUGGAUAAAGGCUCUGCUGACUUUCCCAUUCUUCGACGAAUAAAGGACACUGCUUCGCAGAUGCUUUAUCCUAAUACUGGUGAGCCUGUGUUUCGACAUCCGGGAUUCCGUUUACUACUUACAUGUCGUACGGGUUCCCCCUCUACUGGGAUUUCGGACCACAUAUCUGGGUCCGAGAUUUAUAUUGUAGAGUUUCGCAGUCCAGACCUCUUGCCACUUGCAAGACGUCUUUUAUCUGAAUUACCUCUGCUGAAAAGCAUCGCAGCACCCACUAAUUGCAACCAGCGUCCCGUCUGUUCGCGUGACUUCUUCAAAUUCCUUUCUCGGGCUCUUAAGAGUUCUGGCCAUGCAGAUACGCCUCUUCACAUCUACCUUGACGCCCUCGAUUGCUUCGUUUGUUCUCAAUCUGUUGCUGCUUCUAGCGAUGAUGUGGCCAUUCAUCUGGGAGGAAUUUUUAACUUCUCUCGAGAGCAGGCCUUGAAAAUUUGGAAGUCUCGGAAGCCUAAAUUGCGCCUUAGUCGAGAUUUAACUCAGGUCGAGGCGGGUCGAGCCGUUAUUCCUAUCAAAAAAUCGGUUUACUGGGAACUUCAACCGUCAAGGCAGGUAUUUGCUGACACACGGCUAGCGUGCACGCUAGUUGAACGGUUGGCGGUGGCGAUCCAGCACGCAGAGCCUGUUCUUCUUGUAGGUGAGACUGGCACCGGUAAGACUUCAGCCAUUCAACGCCUCGCUCUGAUGGCUGGUCGUCGACUGCGGGUGCUCAAUCUGAGUCAGCAGUCGGAUAUAGUGGAUCUCCUCGGUGGCUUCAAGCCUGUGGAUUCUCGAGCUCUCAUGUACCCCGUGAAGGAGAGGUUUGAGAGCCUUUUUAUGAAGACUUUUCGGCUGGAGUCAAAUAGGCGAUUCCUGGAACACAUCCAAACUUGUGCCGCCUCAGGUCGUUGGCGUGACCUACUGACUCUGUUAAGGCAUCCCGCAGCGUCUGCCAUUCGAAAGCUUACGCUAUGGCGUGAGUUGGAGGCAUUGGAGCGACGUGGUGCUUCGUCUUCUUCGAUGGCUUUUGCGUUUAUUGAAGGGGCACUAGUUCGAGCCUUGGAGGAUGGUGAUUGGGUCCUUUUGGAUGAAAUCAACCUUGCACCUGUGGAAUUGCUCGACUGUCUGUCAGGUCUCUUGGAUUCUGCUCAAAACUCUGUUACCCUUGUCGAUAGAGGUUUCCGAAUAUGGGGGAUUGUCAUUACUAAGGACAAAAUUGUAUCUAUUAAAAGUUGCAUCAAGAAAGCAUUGGUUCUUGGUAAACCUUCCUGCUGGCAGUAG